AGGCUGGGAAGGAGGGCAGUUUGGAGCAGGAGCUGCGGAUGUUGGCAUUGGUGGAGAGCCAGCUGGGGAGCAGCUCACAGAGGACACCUUACUGAGCUUGGCCGUCUGCCAGCUCCGAGGAUUUUCCGAAGCUGCAAUUUCCGAGAUUAGGAACAUGGACAUGAAAUCUAAGAAUUAAACAUGAUUGCUCUCUUGACAUUGAGAAGCGUGCAGAACUGACGAUCCUUAUGGCUAUGUACGAUGAGGAUAUUUUAAACAAUCCUUUUUAUCUGGCAAUCCAAAAGCAAAGGCCUGACCUGAUUGAUAAAGUAGCAGACGUUCAUGGAAUUGUGUUGGUGCCAUGCAAAGGAAGCCUAUCUAACAUUUCAUACACUGCCUACCCCUUCGAAUCACACGUCCUAAAACCCACUGAAGACGGAUUUCACACAGAAAAUGGGAAGGAGAUUUGUAUCCAAGGAAACUUGGUUAAACUGGGUGCAGGAUUUACACACCAUCUCUCCGUACCGAUCCUCUUUGAAGAAACAUUUUACAAUGAGAGAGAAGAGAGUUUCAGCAUCUUAUGUCUUGCUCGUUCAUUAGAAAAGGAUGAGCACGUAGAAGAACCCGUCACACCCUCAACCACUUGCACUUUGAAGAACAUAGACGAUGUGAAGGAAUUCUUAGGAAAACAUGUUGAGAGAUUCGAUAAAAAUGUUGCCUCUUUCCGCGGCGUAUUUAAAGUACAUGAAAGAAAAAGUCUCCGCCAUUACAUUGAUUCUGUCAACGCUCUGUACACAAAGUGUCUGCAGCAUUUGUUACGAGAUUCCCAUCUGAGAGCGAUUUCAAAGCAGGAAACGCAGAUGAAUUUGAUGAAGCAAGCAGUUGAGAUGUAUGUUCAUCAUAGCAUCUAUGACCUGAUCUUCAAACAAGUAGGGACCAUCGAGGCAAGUGAGGAUGCAGCAUUUAACAAGAUUACCCGGAGCCUUCAGGAUCUUCAGCAGAAGGACAUAGGAGUGAAAACAGAGUUCAGUAUUAAUAUUCCCCGUGCCAAGCGAGUGUUGGCUCAGCUGAACAGAUGCACUUCCCCACAGCAGAAGCUGAUCUGUCUCUGGAAGGUUGUGCAGACCAUCAUGCAUUCUCCAAGUCAAAGAGUAAACAUGGAGAUGAUGUGCGCUGAUGACCUCCUGUCUGUGCUGCUUUACCUACUUGUGAAAACAGAAAUUCCCAACUGGAUGGCAAACCUAUGCUAUAUUAAAAACUUCCGAUUCUGCAGUGCGGUGAAGGAUGAGCUGGGAUACUGUCUGACCUCGGUAGAAGCUGCUAUUGAAUUUAUCCGCCAAGGAAACUUAAAGGAAACCCCUGCUGAAUCAGACAAGUCAUUUUUGUGGCAGAGGAUGAACUUAAUGUCAAGAGUCUCUACAGCCCCAAUUGAUUGCCUAUUCAAGCAUAUCGCCUCCGGAAAUCAGGAAGAGGUAGAAAAAUUACUGAGCCAAGGUGACAAUGACGAAGAUAUUGCGCAGAAAAUGUGCCAUCCGCUCUGUUCCUGUGACAACUGCGAGAAGCUGGUUUCAGGCAAGCUAAACGAUUCUUCGGUGGUCACACCAUUUUCCAGAGAUGACAGAGGCUAUACACCACUACACAUUGCAGCAAUUUGCGGGCAAGUGCAGUGUAUUGAUCUACUAAUCUCUAAAGGUGCUGCGGUUAAUGCCACUGAUUACCAUGGGUCAACUCCACUCCAUCUUGCAUGCCAAAAGGGUCAUCAAAAGAUCGCACUGCUUUUAUUACACUAUAAGGCUUGUAGAGACAUACAGGACAAUAAUGGGAAUACUGCACUUCACUUGGCCUGCACAUACGGACAUGAAGAUUGUGUGAAGGCUUUAGUCUAUUACGAUGUACACUCUUGUAGAAUUGACUCUGGUAAUGAAAAAGGAGACACUCCCCUCCACAUAGCUGCUCGUUGGGGCUAUCAAGGGAUUAUCGAUGUGCUCUUACAAAAUGGCUCCAGUACGGACAUACUGAACAGGAGGAAGGAGACGCCCUUACAGUGUGCUUUAAACUCCAAGAUUCUGUCGAUGAUGGAAGCUGCCAGGACCAUGAAAGCGAGAACACCGAGUAUUUCGGAGGCCACAAGUAGGUCUCCUCCGCAGUCCACCGACAGCAUCAGCAGGGAAUCCUCAGAGACAAGUUUGUCUUCACAAUCACCUGACACCAGACAGGACAAUGUGAGAAGCAAAUACAAAGAGGUGGAGAAACUUUUGAGAGCCGUAUGCGACGGGGACUUGGAAAUGGUGCGCUACCUCCUGGAAUGGGUGGACGACGACUUGGAAGAUGAAUUUGAUCAUUUGCAAGUUACAAAUAAGGAGUUUUGCCACCCGUUGUGCCAAUGUCACCAGUGUGGCCCUAUUCAGAAGCUAAGUAAGAUACCUCCUAAUGGACUCGGGGUCAAUGCAACAAGCCGCGAUGGAUUCACGCCACUUCACAUCGCUGCCAUGCAGGGGCACAUGGUGCUGGUUUCACUGCUGUUGAAGCAUGGCGCUAAUGUCGAUUCCAAGAACGGAAACCGCGCUCUGCCGCUGCACCUGGCCUGCCUUAGAGGGCACUUAGAUGUGGUGCAAUGUUUGAUUGAAUACAGCGCAGGGAAAAAUAAAAAGGAUGUCGCUGGCAAUACUCCAUUAAUGUACGCAUGUAUGGGCGACCACAUAAACAUUGCUGCUGUCCUCCUGGAGCAUGGAGCAUCAGUGAACCUUUGCAACGUGAAAGGUAAUUCCGCGUUACAUGAAGCCGUGAGAAAAAGCAACUAUGCCCUGGUUCAGCUGCUGCUAUUGUAUGGUGCACACGUGGAUAUCAGGAACAAACGCCAAUACACCCCAUUGGACUACGUCAAAGAGAAUUCUAAACUCCAACACCUUCUGAUGUCUGCAUCCAACAACGUGUCACCUGGCAGUGAUUCGGUGGAUGCAGGAGAGCAGACCACUCACGUCAGAAAGAAAUCAAGCAACACCAGCCCAGGCCCUGCAGGCAGGGGCCAGACUCCCCGACAAGCUGAACAGGCACACUCAAAGUCUUUGACUUCGAAGAAGACAAUGCGAAGAGAUAAAAGCAUGCCAAAUUUCGAUGAAGAUCUGAUAAACCAGUUAUCUAUAAACACUUCAAAACAAAGCGGUGUGGAGCAGAGUGUUGCGUGUGGAGCAGAAGCGAAGCUGAGUCCUGUGACCUACUCGUGUUCCCCACGCAAAGCAACUCAUAUUGUCCGGAGGCACAGUCUGAAUGUGCCCUGUUCGGUAGAUGAUCAGGAGAGCUACAGUGAUGCUACAGAUACAUUAAAUGGGACCGACAUAAGUUCGCCACUCUCAGACACCUAUGAUCAGGACUUAGAAAGUGAUUUGUGUAUAAGCAAUCAGGAGCUGUCCGAAAUGAACCGUCAACACAAUCCUUCCCUGGAGAUUACGGACAUCACAGAGAACCUUAUCAAACUCACAAAAAUGGCAGACCUGGACUGCUCUGGCAGCGCCAAUUGCUCCUGCGUGGCUUGCACGUUGGCAAUGGAAUCUUCCUGGUCUGUGAUUGGAUCUUCCAACCAGUCCAGCUGUGAUAACUGUGGACAUGAUGGCUUUGAUACAGUUGAUCUCUGAUCGCGAACUGCUUGGGGUGGAAAUUCUGUCCCUUGGGCCUAGAUUGCUUUCUGACCGUGCUGCUGCAGUCUAACCCUAUCUAUGGCAGGCGAUUCAGUGUGUUAAGGAAUAUAUUUCAAUUCUGUAGAUGUGUAUUCACUCGUCGACCCAGAUUUUUUUCUAAUAUACUACUGACAUAGAAGUGGGGGUUAACUUGUGUUUCUAUAUUUUACCUGUUGGGUUAAACACCAAUGAAUGUGUCUGAUCUCACAAUGCUGAACACUGUUGUUUCUAUUCUGGUUUGCACAAAGGCACAGGCAUGACUGUUCUCACGGGGGAUUUGGAGAGUUGGCAGUUAGGUUUAUACACGCACAUUCCAAUGGCCACAGAUUUUAGCUGAUGAGCCUUCUUAGAAAUGAUCAAUCUAAUAUGAAAUUUUGUAUGGUUUACAAACCGUGCAAAUAUAGGUAAAGUUCUGUCAAACUGCCACGGACUGCAACUCCCACUACCCUCACCUACACCAUGUAAUGUCCAUGAUAUACUCUCUGUGGUUCUCAGUCCUUUUAAACUGCACACCUCAAUGUCCACGUCUGAUUUUGAGUGUUUGGUGUUGCUGAUUUGCAGUGACAGGUUAGCUGCUGAUUUAAAAAUAAAUAAAAACACACACACAAACGUGAGUGCCAAAUGGGUGUCCUACACUUUGUCCAUCCCUCUGGCACUCUAAGGUUGUGUUUGGGGGAAAAAAGAUCUCCGAUAAAUACAAAUCUCAUUCUUGAAUAUCUACAUAUCGACAGAACUCAGCUUAUAUUUUUCUAAGUAAUUUAUGAUUUCAGUGGAUUUAUUUUCAAAUGUGCCUUUCACUCGUGCCAAAUACUAAACAUUAAUUAUAAUAAAUAACUCUAAAGUUAA